UAUAAAUACGCCCACAGGGUCUAAAGUCUCUCAGACAGACGGACAAAUAGAUCUGUCUGUUCUCUGCACCGUUUUUCAUCAGCAUUACUAUCCGCUGUAUUAACACUGAGAUCAAGCCUCUUCUGUCACUUGGGCUCUAAAAUGGUGUCAGUAGUGUUAGGCAGAGUGUUGCUGCUGUGUUGUGCAGCAGCAUAUGUGUCGGGGGAGUUGAGAGGUUACUUCCUGAGGAUAGAGGAGGUUUCUUGGAACUACGCCCCAACUGGGAUGAACGUCAUACAAAACCGCUCCCUGCAGGAGGAUGAAGAAGCCUCAGUCUUUUUAAAGCGGGGCCCUCAGCGGAUCGGGCCCACCUAUAAGAAAGCUGUGUAUAAGCAGUACACAGACAGCACCUACAGGACAGAGGUGACAAAGGAAGGUUGGCUGGGCUACCUGGGACCUAUGUUGAUGGCCGAGGAGGGAGACACAGUUAUCAUCCAUCUGAGAAACGCUGCCUCCCGACCUUAUAGCAUUCAUCCACAUGGUCUGAACUACAGCAAGGACACUGAGGGAGCUCUGUACCCAGACGGUACUGGUCCAGCACAAAAGACUGACGACUUGGUGGCUCCAGGUGCAACAAAAGUCUAUCAGUGGACGCUCCCAGAGACCCAUGGCCCAAUGUCAGAUGAUGCCAACUGCAUGACCCGCUUCUACCACUCCCAUGUAAACGCGCCAAAAGACAUCAACUCAGGACUGAUCGGACCCCUCGUCGUCUGUAAGAGAGGAACCGUGGAUUUAUAUGGAGACCGGUCAGGAGACUACCUGUAUGCUCUGCUCUUCAUGGUGUCAGAUGAGAACUUUAGCUGGUACCUGGAUGAGAACAUCAGGACCUACAUAACGAGUCCUGCCAGAGACCUGAAGGAGAAUGAAGAUUUUAUUGAGAGCAACAAAAUGCAUGGUAUAAAUGGUUAUCUAUACGGGAACCUGCCUGGACUGAGCAUGUGCCAAGGCAACAAGAUCAACUGGCACCUGUUUGGCUUAGGCAAUGAGGUGGACAUGCAUUCAGUCCAUUUCCAUGGCCAGAUCCUGACCUCUCAGAACCACCACACAGACACAAUCAGCCUCUUUCCCGGCUCCAGCACCACAGCUGAAAUGGUGGCAGAUAACGUUGGACACUGGCUGCUGACGUGUACAGUCAAUGAUCAUCUGAUGGCUGGAAUGCAGGCUAUAUUUGAGAUCAAGAAGUGUUUCCCUAACGUCCACAAGCCCCGGCCACACGGGGAGCUCAGACAGUACUUCAUUGCUGCUGAAGAAGAAGUGUGGGACUACGCUCCUACGACGCCGUCUGAAGGGGAAGCUCACAUGUAUGUAACCAGAGGACCAAACCGUCUUGGGAGCCGCUAUAAGAAGGCUCGCUACGUGGAAUACACUGACAACACCUUCACAACAAAGAUGCUUCGCAGCCCAGAGGAGCAACACCUUGGAAUUCUGGGUCCUGUGCUGAGAGCUGAAGAGAAGGACACUAUCAGAGUGGUGUUCAAGAACAAAGCCAGCCGGCCUUACACGAUACAACCACAUGGUGUUCAGUACAACAUUGAGCAGGAUGGGACGCUCUAUUAUAAUGAACUGGAAGAGUCCUACACAGACAAGAAACUGCGGGAGCUUAAGAGGCAAACACGAGUGGUGACCCCUCCACCAGCUGCUCUGGUCAGAUCGGGGGCGGUGCACACUUAUGAGUGGACGGUGCCGGUGGGUGCUGGUCCAACACAGGGUGAAGCUGACUGUCUGACCUAUCUGUACUACUCUGGUGUGGACCCUGUCAAAGACACCAGCUCUGGACUUGUCGGGCCGCUCCUUGUCUGUCGGGUUGGAUCACUCAAGCGUCAAGUUCAGAAAAACUACCAGAAAGAGUUUCACCUCAUGGCCACAGUGUUUGACGAGAACCUCAGCUGGUAUCUGGAUGAUAACAUUAGGACAUUUGCCACUGCUCCCACCACUGUUAGCAAGUCGAAUGAGGGCUUCAUAGAAAGCAACAAAAUGCAUGCCAUCAAUGGGUUUGUGUACAAGAACCUCCCAGGCCUGACCAUGUGUAAGGCAGAUAAAGUAACAUGGCACUUAUCAGGACUGGGUACAGAGACGGACAUCGUCAGCCUCUACUUCCAAGGAAACCGCUUCAUCUACCGUCAGAACAGACGAGACACCAUCAGCGUCUUCCCUCACAUCUCACGCACCGUCACAAUGGAGCCAGACAGCAUGGGUCAGUUUGAAGUGGUUUCAGCGACAGUAAACCAUUAUCGUGCUGGAAUGAGAGCCAACUACACAGUACAGAAGUGCAGCCUCCUCCAGCGUCAGGGUGAGACAAUGUUGCACUCAAAAACAUACUACAUCGCUGCUAUGGAAAUGACCUGGGACUACUCUCCAAACCGCACCUGGGAGGCUGAGAUGUUCCGGGGUCAGGAAAGUCCUGCUACCGUCUUCCUGGACCAGCAGGGUGGCUUUAUAGGCUCUCGUUACAAGAAGGUGGUCUACCGUCAGUUCACUAAUGACAAGUUUACCAAGCAGGUAGACAGAACAGCUGACAUGGAACACCUCGGCAUCAUGGGUCCAAUGAUCCAUGCUGAUGUGGGAGACAAGGUGAAGGUGGUUUUUAAAAAUAUGGCAACCAGGCCGUAUUCCAUCCACGCACAUGGAGUCAAGACAGACACUCCUGAUGUUUACAACACACCUCCAGGUGAAACUCACACAUACUACUGGUAUGUAACAAAGAAAACUGGACCAACUACAGAGCAAGAGGAGUGCUCAGUGUCAGCUUACUACUCCACUACUGAUGUUGCCAAGGACCUGUACAGCGGUCUGAUUGGUCCAUUAGUGAUUUGUCGACGUAGCUGGGGCAGGUCUUUGGGUAUGAAGAAAGAAGUGGAGGAGUUUGCUCUGCUCUUCCUGGUUUUUGACGAGAAUGAAAGCUGGUAUCUGGAUGAAAACAUCAGGACCAACAUCAGGAACCCUCGCGCCAACCUGAAGGAUGAUGAAACCUUCAUAGAGAGCAACAAGAUGCACUCCAUUAAUGGUCUGAUGUAUGGGAAUCUGAAUGGUCUGAACUUGGAGGUGGGCGAUAAGGUGUACUGGUACCUGAUGGGAAUGGGUAAUGAUGUGGACAUACACACGGUGCACUGGCAUGGACACAUGAUAGAAUAUAAGCUGGGUGGAGGUCCUCAUCGUACGGAUGUGUACGAGCUCUUUCCAGCCACCUUCCAGACAGUAAAGAUGCGUCCCCAGUACCCUGGUACCUGGCUGCUUCACUGUCACGUCACUGACCACAUCAAAGGAGGCAUGGUGACGCUGUAUAACGUCAAUUUAAAAAAAAAGAAAGGCGGGCUGUUUGGCUGAACACUUGAGGAAAACGGAUCCAGGAAGAAAAUUGAAAGUCCAGCUUAAAUUCAGAUUUAGCAACUAUUCGACCAGAGCAGUUUGAAACAGAGUGGUUUUACAGUCACAUUUUUCAUAAAUGUCUGUCUGAUAUUUUUUUUUUACCUGACACAGAAAACUGUUAGACUAGUGUGAGAAAGAAAAAGAAAACUGAGGGUGAGUUUUUAGGGCUUCAUAUGACUGUUGCGUGUGUCUGUAAGAGCAGUAGUCAGCCAGCAGA